UUACCAUCCUGUUCAGAGAAAGGGAAUUAUCGGGAUAUUUAAGAAUUUUAAAGUUACUGGAUUACAAAUAGUAAAAUUUUACAGAAGAUAUGAUAGAAAUGGCUUCUGAGAGUGAAAUUUUAGAGUUGACACAAGACGAAAGACAACAGUUGCUGAAAUUUGACAGUUGCUCCUUCGGGUUCCUGAAGUUGGACAAACCUGAAGAAGCUUCCACAAAAUGCCUUUUGGAGAAGGGUGUGAAGUUCUACGAGUUUGUGAUCAAAACAGCCGUCAAGAAAGCCAAGAGAGACGGCGGCAAACCCCAGAUAGAGGCGGCCAUCUUCUGUAGACUGGGCCACCUGCUCUUGCUGUUGGAACAGUAUGAAAAAGCGUUGUCCGCCUACCAGAAGUACUACCAGCUGCACGAAUGCCACUGGAAGAAUGCACCAUUCCUGUACGGCCUUGGAUUUGUCUACUUCCAUUUCAACGCAUACCAACUAGCUACGAGAGCGUUCCAGCAGGUAUUGUACACCGACCCGGCAUUCACACGUGCCAACGAGAUCCACAUUCGCCUCGGCUUCAUCUUCAAGAUUGGCAAGGACUUUGACAAGAGCUUGAAGCAUUUCCGCAAUGCCCUGUCAGACUGCAGUCCCUGCUCAUUGACCAAGGCUCAGAUUAAGCUGCACAUAGCCCACCUGUACGAAGUUCAGGGCCAGUACAAGCAGGCGAAGGAAGCGUAUGAACAGUUCAUCAGCUCCGAGGACUGUAUAGAGGAUACAUACAGGGCCACCGCCAACAAACAACUUGGCUGGUUGUUCCACACAGUUGAUAUCCUUGGGGAGAAAUCUGCACGGGAAGAGCUCGCCAUUCACCAUUUGAAAGAGUCCCUCAAGUACGACAAAUCCAACGGACAAACCUGGUACCUCCUUGGCAGGUGUUACUCAAGCCUCGGGAAAGUGCAUGAUGCCUUUGUCUCGUACCGAAACUCCAUCGACAAGUCUGAGGCCAGCGCAGACACUUGGUGCUCCAUAGGGGUUCUGUACCAGCAGCAGAACCAGCCUAUGGACGCGUUGCAGGCCUACAUCUGUGCCGUACAGUUGGACAAGUCUCACUCCGCCGCUUGGACCGACCUGGGCCUCCUCUACGAGACCUGCAGUCAGCCCAAGGACGCCCUUACAUGCUAUAUUAACGCCAGCAAGACGGCUAAAGGAGGAGUGGUUAGCCCGAGUCUGAGUGGGAAGAUCAAAUUCCUGCAGCAGCAUCUCUCCAAGGUGAUGCAGCAUCUACAGACCAAACCCAGAACCCUGCCAAGUAUUGAAGAAGCGUGGGCUUUACCCAUUCCUGCCGAGCUAACCUCCAGGCAGGGGUCCGGUACCCCUCACACCGUGCAGAAAUCUGAAGGAACCAGUCCAUUACCAGGCCAACAGGCUUUUGGAAAUCAAAGUGCAAUAAUCGAAGACAAGAAAAAGAAAAUGCAGAGGAAAAGGGCUGCAGGUGAAAUGGAGGGUCCAUCCCCACCUGCAACACCAGCCACACCCCAACUCCUGUCACCUCAUCAAUUACAGAUACUCCAUCAGCUACAAAACAAGGCAAAUCUAGACCCUCAACAACGACAGUUACUACAGGAUCUUCAGCACCAGGUGUAUCUACAACAACAACAUGCCAAAAUGCACAUACUCAAUCAACAGAGUCAGGGCCAGCUACAAUCAGGGAGCAGCUCACAGCCCGGGGGACAGUUUGGUCCCCGGGGCCCUCUUGGAUCUCAGCCCCAGCAGUUCUCACCGCUGGGCACCAGUGCCGAAAAUAGGGGCCAGGACCCCGCUUCUCAGGGACGACCCCCAUCGCUAGAUAGAUUCUCACCCUUCCAUCAUGGCAACCAGGGCCAGAGUCCGCUGAAAGGCCCUCAGUUGCCCGCGGGCUUUCAAGGUCAGGGUCAUCCAUCAUCGGGCAACAUUCCAUUCUCAUCAAGUACGAUGUCUCAGGAUUUACAUGUAGAUAGCUCUUUACCAAAGUCAUUAGAAAGUGGAACAGUGAAUGAAAAAGAGAUAACAGACUUUGCGCAAGACUUGUUAAAACAGUUCAGCAGUGGUAGUAUACAGUCGCAAGAGCUUUUAGGUGAGAAAUUGACGUCGGGUGACGUGAAGUCUAGUCACGGGGUCGGCAGCACGGGUGUACAUUCCACAUCUACUCAGGACACAGCUGGUGGGCCAAGCCUCGAGAAAUUAAUGAAAUUCGACAGCGAGGUGUCGAAAUGUGAUAGCGAGGAAUCCAAAUACAGCUCACUCCCCAAAUUGAACAUCCACAUGUCCGGGGAACAGAUCCUUACUGUGUGUAAAGGACAUGGUCGAAGUGGUUUAACAUUGAGCGUGUUAGGUGACCGCCCCCCACCAAGACCCCCCAGUCCCCCCCAGCCCCCUCUCCCCAAGGACAGGCUCAACCCACCCACACCUAGUGUAUAUUUGGAGUUAAAAAAGGAUGCAAGUUCCCCGGAGUUACAACAGUACUGUCAAUCUCAGCCUGUCGUCGUUAUACGAGGGAUGGCCAGUGCUCUCAAACUUGACCUUGGCCUGUUUUCUACCAAGUCGUUGGUUGAGGCCAAUGCAGAGCAUGCAGUGGAAGUGAGGACCCAGAAAAUGCAGGCUCCAGACGAAAACAGGGACCAGUUUGGGAAUAAGGUGUGGUACUGUGCGAGUAAUCGGAACAGAACUACAAUUGCCAAGUAUGCCCAGUACCAGGCGGCCAGUUUCCAGGAGUCUCUCAGGGAGGAGCAAGAGAAAGCCAAGGGAAUUUUCAAAGAAUCUGACAGCGACUCAAAUUCAUCUGUUUCAUCCAAACGAAAGAAGAUGAUAAAAUUUGGCACAAAUGUUGAUCUCUCCGACCAGAAGAAAUGGUAUCAACAGCUACAAGAGAUAGCGAAACUGCCCGCAUUUUGUCGGCUCGUGUCGGGCAGUAACCUUCUAAGCCAUGUCGGGCACACGAUACUGGGCAUGAACACGGUACAGCUGUAUAUGAAGGUUCCAGGGGCAAGAACUCCAGGACACCAGGAGAAUAACAAUUUCUGUUCCGUGAAUAUCAACAUUGGCCCAGGAGACACUGAGUGGUUCGCAGUGCCGGAACAAUACUGGGGGGUUAUACAUAGCAUGUGCGAAAGGAAUGGUGUGGACUAUCUAACAGGCUCUUGGUGGCCUGUACUGGAGGAUCUGUAUGAGGAAAAUGUUCCCGUGUACAGGUUUAUACAGAAGCCAGGAGAUCUCGUCUGGGUAGGGCCAGGAUGCGUACACUGGGUGCAGGCCAUUGGCUGGUGUAACAACAUUGCGUGGAACGUUGGUCCGAUGACGACACGUCAGAUUCAGCUAGGUUUGGAACGAUACGAGUACAACAAGCUACAGAACUACAAGUCCAUCGUGCCUAUGUUACAUCUUGUCUGGAACAUUGCCAAAAAUGUGAAAAUUGCUGACCAGAAACUGUUCGAGUUAGUCAAGUCGACACUUGUGUGUUCGUUGCGCAACAUACAGUUAACGCUAGACUUUGUGGGCUCCAUGGGUAUUGACAUUAAGUGGCACGGAAGAGUAGAGGGGGAGGCUGCACACUACUGUAAUGUGUGUGAGGUUGAGGUGUUCAACAUAUUAUUCGUGAAAGAGCAGGACAGCAAAUUUGUCGUUCACUGUCAAGACUGCUCACGGAAAAUCCACCCCCGCCUUGAGGGAUUUGUCGUGCUCAACCAGUACCGGCUAGACGACCUAGUCGGUGUAUAUGACGUGUUUACAAUGCAGAUGCCUACACGUCAAAUACAUGGAUAUUGAUCUCGUUACAUUUAUGGUGUGUCAUCCAGAUAGGGAAUCAAUGGCCAUCAACUCAUCUAACUUCAUACCUCAUCUACUUAUUUAUUGACUACAUUUCAGUCAUCCCACAGUGAAAUAGAUUAUUGUGUUGACCAUUUCUAAUGGAUCACCCCUCAUCACUCAUUUUACUUCCAAUUGUUCAUUUUCUUUGUGUAGACCAUAACUUGUGUAUCAUCCCUCAUCAGGUUAUAUAUAUAUAUACAGUGGGUCAUUUUCCUAAAUUGUGUUGACCAUAACUUGUGGAUCAACCCUCAACAGGCAUAUUCUACAGUGGGUCAUUUUCCUAAAUUGUUUUGACCAUAACUUGUGGAUCAACCCUCAACAGGCAUAUUCUACAGUGGGUCAUUUUCCUUAAUUGUGUUGACCAUAACUUGUGGAUCAACCCUCAACAGGCAUAUACUACAGUGGGUCAUUUUCCUUAAUUGUGUUGACCAUAACUUGUGGAUCAACCCUUACCAAGCAUAUAUUACAGUGGGUCAUCUUAAAUUGUGUUGACCAGAAUUUGUGGAUCAUCCCUCAACAGGCAUAUUCUACAGUGGGUCAUUUUCCUUAAACAUGUUGACCAUAACUUGUGGAUCAUCCCUCAUCUACACUUGAAUGGGUCAUACAUGUGUUUCCAUAAACAUUUAAGUACACAUUUGAUUAUUUCUUGGAAGUUGAUCAACUUUUAAUUUGUAUUGAAAAUUUGUGGUCUUCUCAUUUGCAAAUGAUACUGUACAUUAUUUUAAUUUCUCAAGCGUUUUAUAUUUGUGAUUUUUCGUGAAAUAAUCAAGCCACAAUUAAAAAUCUAGUGAAGUAUUAAAAUUACUGUUUUUCUAUUGUUUUUAUGACUGAAUAAUUCAAUAAUGGUGUCUCGAAUAUUUUAAACCUUUAAAAAUUCACCAAGACCAAUAUAUCAUUGAUAAAUGGAAGACCUUGAAAAAUUAAAGCAACUUCUUGUACAUUUCUGUUUUUGGAUCAUCCCUCGUUGUUUAGAUGUUAGGAAUGCAUGGAUGAACUCCGGACUCGGUAAUAGAUGUGCAAAUGGUGCAGUUGUAUAAAAUUGUGUUUGUUGGCUAUAUGUUGCAUUUCAUUAUAAUAGUUGUUAGUUGUUAGUGAAAUAUGAAAGUCAUUGUGUAUAGUGCCGUGUAAGUAACACAAAACUUAACAAUGUUUUACAUGUUUUGAAUGUUAUUUAUUUUUUAUAAUGAAUUCAUUUUCUACGGUUAACUUACAAAGUUAGUUCUGGUAUUGUAAAUGUUUGUCUUUUUUUUUUCAUCCCAAACUUUGUGAGACCGCUUACAGUAAGUUUUUAAGUCUGCCCUUUUGAAAAAGAAUGGACGUCAGAUAAUGUGAUGAUUUACCCAUUAAUGAAUUAAAAAUUAACACAUAGUUUUUGUAUUUCAUAUUCACACUGUUAUUUUUGUACAUGUUUAACGAUUUUGAUGAAGGAUUAUUUUAUUUUUUAUUUUUGAACAUUAAUAUUCAACUAUUUUGAAUCAACACAUGAUGAAAAAAAAGUAUUUUCUUUUUGUUAUGAAAGUUAACUCAGAAGUCUAAUACUAUAUUGUACAGUGAGUGUAUGAAUAUAACUUUACAGUAACAUUUCGAAUUUCCUCUUUAAUUUGAUUAAUGAUUUAUCUUUUUUUAAUUUUUUUUGUACAAAAAUAUUUAUGUUUAAUACAACUGUCAAAAAAUGCUUGAAUUUGUUGCGGCCUAUUUAAAGAUCUGUUAAUUGUAUUUAAGCUCUAAUUUUCGUAAUUCAUUUGUUCUCUUGCUAUUAAUGAUAAUUGUGGUAUCUUUAAAAGGUGCACAAAGUGUAUUAUUUAUACAUGUAUACAAGUCUACACUCAGAUUAUUUAUUUUCAUCGUGUUUUUUGCUUUUUCAUAUACAUGACCAUACUUCAUUGAAAUAAAUAUGGUAGUUUCUACAAUGAUUUUACAAAUGACUGGCUCAGUACUUUGGGGAAACAAUUCUUGGAUAUGUUUCAUUUUGUAUCUUAGGGCUAAUUUAUUUUUUAAGGAAGGCCAUACUAAAUUGAUUUUGUUUUGUUUCUGGCUCCUACAUGUACAUGUAUUUCACUCCUUCCCCUCCCAGGCAGAAAAAAUAGACGUGAACAAUAAACCCCAAGCAUAUUAUUUUUAAGGUGCUUGGAAAAGCAAUUUGGUCAUGUAAAACUUUAAAACAAAGCUGCUUACUUGCAGGUUAUAAUUUCUAAAGCAAGCUAUUUCUUAUGGUCAGUAAAAUACUUCUUGCAUGAUUAAUAGGAAUUGAAAAAUGCAAGUUCCUUACUUAUAUUUAUUGUUUUUGAUAACUUGUUUUGUUUUUGGAAAGCCUAUAACCUACUAGCCAGGCCCCAAUUUUUCGAAAAACUUCUAAAUUUUAACAGCCAUAAAUAGUAUAUUUCAAUUCGCUAAAAUACAUAAUAAAAUACGAAUUUGAUAAAUGAAAAAAAGAUUAAUUGAGAUCAUCAUAAAAGUAAUUCCUAUUGAAAGUAUAAAAAAGUAAGAAUGACCAAACUGUAGGAAAACAAAAAUAGUGAGGUUACAUGUAGCUUAAUCCUGUUAUAAGGGACUUUAUAAGUUUAUAAGAAGUCUCGAGAAAUUGGGGCCAGAUGAUGCACAACAUGGACUCAAUUUAGGAUAUGGCUAAAUGUUAUACAAUGAUAAUUGAGAGAUAAGUAAAUGGUUCUCAUUGUUUGCAGAAACCAUCUGUCAUAUUUCUCACAAUAACUUCACAACUGUAGUGCAUAUAUAUGAUAAUAAAUGUUCAUGACAAUUAUUUGAGCACCAUGUACAUGUAUACAUGUAUGUAAAAGUAUGUAGUUUGUGGUGCAGUACUUUUAGAAAGUCAUAUAUCCAAAUGAAGUAUUUGGGACACGGUACUUUUAUUGGUAUCUACAUGUACAUGUACAUUGUAAGUUCAUAACAUAGGUCUCUUUCUAUUCAUUUCAUCUUGUACGUACAUUUUGUUGACAGAGAUAAGUUUUCAAAUAAAGUUUGUAUAAAAUA